AUGCGCAUCACAUUUGUUCAAAGCCUUUUCUUUAAUCUCGGUCUCUGCAUGAGCAUUGACACCCUUUUACCUCGCACUGCGUCUGAGAUAGGCCCCUUCAAAAAUCCUCAGCUGACACCAUUCCUUCAAAUCGACCUUGCUGUCGGUCGUGAGACCAAUGUUACUGGUCCCGAUACCCGUUGGGGAGCUGCUCCUAAUGUUCAAGGCGGAAAGGUCUCGGGUGCUUUUGAAGCCGAUAUCCUUCCGAUCGGAACGUCUUUCGAGAGAUACGUCAAGAAUGAGCAGGGCGAGAAUAGCACUGCAGAAAACGAAACCAUCAGUCUUGAGGUUGAUGUCAUUGUUAACUACCGUAACAAUGCACACCAUAGCUUUGGGCUCGGCAAAUUCGUGGCUGAUAUCCCACACCUGUUGUAUCUCAACUACAACAUUUAUCUCAUCGAGGUUACAGGAGACUUUGAAAUGGGCAAGGCCGCGAGUCAGUUAUUUGCGCUGAAAUCUGGAGGCCGGCGGGACGGUGAACCCAUCAAAGCUCUUUUACCAAUUGAAUGA